UUAUUCUUCUUCUUCACAGGAUCACGGUCAUUAGAGUCAGUAUCGGACCCGACGACAGGACACAUACGUCUACGACGAUACGUACAAUGCAGCAGUUGCCCACCCAUGGCUCGAUUGCAAGGAAUACCUACCUCCCGGACGUGAAUUGCUCCAGAGAAGAAACAUUGCUGGUGGUUAAUCAGCAACGGGAGAAGGGCUCCAGCCUUUGAGGGGGCAGUGCAGCAUGCAGCUGUGUCAAAGCCACAACAAUGAAGGCCUCAAAGCCUAGCCGUCGUGAUUUUCCGGUUGCCAGCUCGCUUAUCACUUCUUGCUACGCAUUUCAUCAGUGAGUCGUAUCGAUCGUGUCCACGAGUCAUUAUGCGUCUUCUCCAUGUAAAGACUCUGAAAUUCACCGAGUUCCCCGAUGAGAAACCCCUGCCGAAGUACGCGAUCGCGUCGCAUCGAUGGGGGCGUGAGGAAGCCACCUUCGAAGAUGUGCAAGAGGAGCGCAAUAAGAGCAGUGCCGGGUAUCGGAAAGUGGAAGCAUUUGCACAGUAUGUGCAAAUGCACGUGGCAUCGGUGGACUGGCUAUGGAUCGAUACUUGUUGCAUAAACAAGAAGGAUGCUGUAGAACUCUCGUACUCCAUCAACUCAAUGUUCAGGUGGUAUCGCAAUGCAGAGAUCUGCAUUGCGCGCUUGGCAGCUGCAACGCAGCAGAGCGACAUCGGGCAGGACGAAUGGUUCCAUAGAGGCUGGACACUGCAAGAGUUGCUUGCGCCGCGCUUGGUUGUCUUUCUGACGAAGGACUGGCAAGUCAUCGGCAACAAAGGAUCGAUGUUCCACACACGUGACAACAUCGGGCCUGACCUUGGAGCACAGAUCGCCAACAUAACAGGCAUACCUGAGCGCAUAUUGCACGACUGGGGAGCGAGUGUGAAUAUGGGAGUCGAGGACAAGAUGCGCUGGAUGGACAAUAGGAAAACGACUCGAGAGGAAGACAUGUCAUAUGCUUUGUUUGGCAUAGUAGGAGUGGCUCCGGGCGCAAACUACGGAGAAGGUGCGGAUAAUGCUAGAAAUCGAGUCCUUGCUGCAAUCCGGCAGCGCGAUGAGGUGGAAGGUCAACGGAAAGCACGAUAUCAAGAAAUUACCAAAUGGCUCAAGCCUUCUGAUCCAUGGACGAACCAUGAGUCUGCGCGGAAAUUGCACGAGCAGCGAACCGGAGAAUGGCUGCUACGAACGAAGGAGUAUCAAUCGUGGAAAUCUGGAGAAGAUCAAUGUCUGUGGCUAUAUGGCGGCGCUGGCUGUGGGAAGACUGUGCUUUCUUCUACUGUAAUCGAGAAUAUGAAGAUUUACUGCGAAAGAAAUAGCAAUAUUGGCCAUGCUGUCUUCUACUUCUCGUUCUCGGACGAGCGUAAACAAUCGUACGAAGAUCUUCUGACUUCUCUUGUCGCACAGCUUGGACACCGGGAGCCGGCCUUCUCGAUUCUCCAGCAAAUGUACGACAAAAUCGACGGCAAACCACCCGGGCAAGGGGAGCUCGAAAAGAUUCUGCAUACAGCGCUAACAUCGUACGAACGGGUUUUCUGCCAUCUGGAUGCAUUAGACGAAUGCCCUGAAGAAAAAGGAGCUCGACAGCGCAUGCUAGAAAACAUAGAGAGGCUACUACGACAAGCAUCGAACAUGCAUUUAAUUGCAACCAGCAGAGACGAGCUAGGAAUUCGCGAUACUAUGAAGCAGCUCGGCAGCAAGUCUAUUUGUUUGACUGGCGAGAAGAUAGAUCGUGACAUCAAACAAUACGUGUCAAAGCAAUUGGCUCGCAUACCGAAGCUUUCGCGGCUUGAUGCUGCUACUAAGGAAUUAGUGGAGAAGACUCUGACAGAAAAAGCAGAUGGGAUGUUCCGGUGGGUCUUCUGUCAACUCCAAGAAUUAUCAAAGUCGAAGCGCACUACGCCCAUGGUGGUGAAAGCUGCACUGCUCAAACUCCCUGCGACCUUGGACGAGACAUAUGAGCGAAUGCUGCAUAACAUUGCUGCUGAAGACCAAGCAUAUGCGCUGGCACUUCUUCGAUGGCUUGCAUACUCGCAGACCCCCUUAAGACUAGAUGAAGUAGCCGAAAUCAGCACCAUCGUUCCGGGCGAGGAUCCUGCUGCCGACCAUUUUGUGGACAUUAACAAUCGAGGCGGAUUGGAAGAUGUUUUGGACACACUCGCCGGACUCGUUGUCAUA